AUGUCGACGAUCGACGCGAUGCACACCAUUUCGGGCUGGAUGUGGAGGCCUGGACAGGCGGCCAUCGAGACACCGCUUCGCGUCUUUGCCAGCUAUUCGAGCAGCCCCCCGGUUGAGUGGAUCGACAAGGCCUCAUGCUUUGCCAGGUCAGGUCACUGCCAGCUUGUUCUAGUCGUAGUCUUGCUGCUCUGGACUGCUGCCGAGCUUAUCCGUCGGUCCGAACUUAGCGCACCCGCCAUCAAGGCCAAGGGUCACAAACUUCGCCUGGCUUUCGAAAUAGCUUCCCAGGUAUCGCGAGGGUCUGCUCUGGCCUUUAUCAUUGUCGCCGCAUGGUCCAACACUCGCCAGUGGUUCAACGCCGCCACUCUCGGCUAUGCCUUCUUCCUUGGCCUGCUCCGCAUAGUCCUGAAAAGCAAGUGGCGCCAUGUAGCCUUGCAUCAAGUCAACCUCCUUCUGUUGUCUUCGCUGGCGCUGCUAGUCGUUGGUCAUCUUCUCCCAAACCUCGUGGUCGGGUCAGGAUACACGGCUACUAAGGUCGAGCUCGGUGCAAUUGGCUGCUCGACGACUGCCGUUCUUGUUGCUCUCCUCACGCCCCGAGAAUGGGUCCCCCCUCCCAUCGAGACCCCGAUCCGCCAAAAGGUGUCAGAGCCGGUUCCAAGCACACAGGAAACGUGUAGCUGGUUUGAGAACUUCUUCACCUAUGGGUGGGUUACGCCGCUGAUCUGGAAAGGCUACCGGAAUCCCAUCGAGAUGAAGGACUUGCCCAGCCUGCCCUGGUACGACGAGCCGGCCAUUCUCCUAUCCAGCAUCAUGGACGCCCGGGCCAGGUAUUCGGGAACCCUCCGGACCGUCCUCUACUUUCAGCGCAGAGAGCUUACCCAAAUGUGCGUGUGGGCUGCCAUAUCUUAUUCGGCCGAUCUCAUCGCGCCUUUCGCCAUGUACCAGCUCCUCCAGUACCUCUCUGCCCCAGAUGAUGCCAUUCUGCACCCGGCCAUCUGGCUCUUUCUUCUCUUUGCCGGCCCCGUGUUCAGGUCGGUUUCCUUCAACAGGUACGUCUUCAUGUCGUCGCGGCUGGGCAUUCGUGUCAAGGCGGCCAUGACCCUAGAGCUGUACCACCGAGCUUUGUCUUCGAUGGAGCUUGAGGAUGAAACGCUCAGCCAAAUCGUCACCGGAGACGCCAAAGACCAGCCCAACAAGACUACUUCGGCGGGCAGGCUGGCAAAUCUCAUGGCGAGCGACGUCACUGCCAUCUCCCAAGCCCAGCACGUCGUCUUGGCAUUUGUCGGCAUUCCCAUUUCCAUGAUUGUUACCAUUGCGGGUCUUUACAAGAUCAUCGGCUGGUCAAGCUUGGUCGGCAACGUCUUCAUGCUCCUGGCCACCCCGGUGCCGGCUUGGAUUGCCCACACCAUGGGUCGUAUGCAGCGCAAGGUCAAGCAGGCACAAGACUCGCGCAUUUCUCUAAUCGGAGAGUACUUGGCGUCCAUCAAACCCGUCAAAUACUUUGGCUGGGAAGGUCUCAUGACUAGCCAUAUCACAGAGGUGCGAGAGAAGGAGCAAAAUCUAUUGUGGACUGUCUCGGUUUACAACGCCCUCUUUGGCCAAGUCACUGCGCUCAUCCCCGUCACCUCCUUGCUCCUCAUAUUCGGUCUCUAUGCCGGCGUUCUUGAGCAACCCCUUACAGCCUCUGUCGCAUUCACCACCCUUUCGUUGAUAAGCAAUUUGUCAAGCAACUUAGGCAUGAUCAAUUUUGUUAUACGUAUGGUGACAGAAGCAUUCGUCUCUCUUGGCCGUCUCGACAGGUAUUUCGCAAGCACAGCACCCCUCUCUCAUUUCCCGACAGGCCCGCUGAGGCUUGAGAAUGCCACAUUCCGUCGCGGCACCAAGUCGUCGUUCAAGCUCAGGGAAAUCACUAUCAACUUCGUCGAAGGAGGCUUGAAUGUCGUGUCCGGCCAGAGUGGGAGCGGCAAGACUAGUCUUCUUUUGGCGAUCCUCGGGGAGCUGAUUCUGGAAAGCGGAUCCGCAACAACGCCGGGCGAUGUUGCCUUUGCCUCGCAGACGCCCUGGCUUCAGAGCGAGACCAUACGCAGCAACAUCCUCUUCCACGCGCCGUUCGAACAGGCCAGGUACGACCGCAUAGUCGAGGCAUGUGCCUUGGCACCAGACUUUAGCGAGCUCCAGAAAGGAGACAAGACUGAGGUUGGAGAGAAUGGCACUGCUCUCUCCGGAGGCCAAAAGUCUCGGGUUGCUUUGGCGCGUGCGCUGUAUUCGAAGGCUCCCAUGCUUCUCCUUGACGAUAUCUUCUCCGCGCUAGAUGCGAAGACGGCUGCGUCCGUCUGGAAGCUCGCUUUCUGUGGCGAUAUGCUCCAGGGCAGGACUAUUGUUUUGGUGACCCAACUGCCGUGGAUAGCUUCCCAAGCCGACCUCUCCAUUACGCUGGAUGGAGGCACAGUAACCAAGACUGAGCAGAACCUAGGAGUUACUCGCAAGCCCGUGACUCUCGAAUCGGCACAUUAUCUGGAUGCCGGUGCUGGCAAUGGAGGGACCCAAAACGGCGAAGCGACUGUCGGCGACAUCAAGCCUCAAGAGCCUACAUCGAAACCCGACGAUAUAAGCGAGGAGAUGGACGCCACCGGCGCAUCCUCCCGCACAGCAUUUUUUAAAUACGUACAGUACUAUGGCGGCAACCGAGUCAACUUUACCUAUGCAGGAUUUGCGUUCUUGACCACCUUGGUGACAUGGUCGGUAUUCUUGUACAAGUCCUUCUGGGUCUCAAUCUGGGUGGACGCCUACGACGGAAAGGAGCCUGUCCAUGUCGCCUACUACAUCGGAAUCUACGCCGCACUCUCUCUGUCGGCCCAACUGACGGAUGGCUUCAGCUAUCUAGUAUAUCAGCUGGGAUCGUGGAGGGCGGCUCGCCGGCUGCACAUCGACCUCAUCAACGCCGUUAUGAACGCGCCGCUGUUGUGGUGGAAGAACGUGCCUGUCGGACGGGUAGUCAAUCGGUUCAGUCGGGAUGUAGCUUCUCUAGACAGUGGCGUGGGAUCGAUGGCGCUCUGGACCGUGGAAGAGUUGGUGCAGAUAUUCUUCCGCAUCGGCGCCGUGAGCUCUAUCUUGCCCGUCUUCGUGUUUCCAGCGCUGGUUACCGUCAUCUUUGGCAUUGUCUGCGGAGAAAUGUACACGAGAACCGCUGUUACGGUCAAGCGUCUGGCCUCGUCGAGCCAGAGCCCCGUCUUCUCCCAGUUUAGCGACAGCAUGGAGGGCCUGGCUGUCAUUCGCGCCAGGGCAGACAUGCCCGAGACCUUCCAAGAUUUGCUGGCUGAGAGACACCGCCCGCUCUCAAACGUGCGCGGAGCAACAUUUGAUCUGAACCGCUGGGUAAGUCUUCGGACCGACUUUGUCACGGCUCUUGUUAUGCUUUGCGCGGGCGUCAUCGCGAUAUUCAAAGCCAAUGUCCUGGCAGCUGGACUGGUCGGCUUCUCGCUGAUCAAUGCCAAUGGACUGAGCGAUGCGAUUAUUGGCUUUGUGAGGUCGGUGAACUACCUCGAGGUGGAGCUUCAGAGCUUCCAUCGUGUCGAGGAAUAUACCAAGAUCGAGCCCGAGGAGAAGGCUGCUGCUCCUGGCGAGGGUCCAGACGGGUUGAUGCUGCCCUCGGACUGGCCGCGGACAGGCUCUGUGGAGUUUCGAAAUGUCUCGGCCAAAUAUGACGCGGACGGGCCCGAGAUCCUUCACGACAUCAACCUGAAAAUCAGUGCCGGAGAGCGAGUUGCCAUUGUGGGGCGGACUGGCUCGGGAAAGAGCACUCUUGUUCUGUCUCUCUUGCGAUUCACGCAACUCGUCUCUGGCCAGAUUUUGUACGACGGCGUAGACAUCGAGGCGAUACCGCGCAGGAAGCUCCGCCAGGCUUUGACCAUCAUCCCCCAGGAAGCUGUUCUCUUCAAUGGCACUGUUGGAUCCAAUCUCGACCCGUCGGGUACCGUCCCUUCUGCUGCGCUCGAGGACGCGCUCUUGGCCUGUAAGGGUAUAGCCUCCUUUGGCCAGCUCGGCGAGAACCACGAAAAUGGCGCCAAUGGGAAUCCAUCCAGCACUCUGUCCCCUGAGAAUGGCAACGGCGAGGCACCCACCGAGGAGACCCCGUUGCUCCUAGGGAACGGCACCGUUUCCGCGCAGGAGACGAACGGAGAAGCCGAAGGCGGGUUGUCGCUCUCGACUACCGUGCAGGCCAAGGGGGAGAACUUCAGCCAUGGCCAGCGCCAAGUGCUUUCGCUGUGCCGAGCCCUGGUACGCAAGACGAGCAAGCUGAUGCUGCUGGACGAGGCGACGGCGAGCAUGGACUUUGAGACGGACCGCGGAGUGCAGGAGGUGCUUCGCAAGGAGCUCGAGCCUGCGUCGGGAGAGAGGGGGGACAGGACGCUCGUCACGAUUGCGCACCGCCUGCGCACCGUCAUUGACUACGACAAGAUUGUGGUGAUGGGAUCUGGGCGUGUCCUUGAGGUCGGGUCCCCGAGAGAGCUCUAUGCCAUCGGCGAAGGGGGCCACUUCUUUGAGAUGGUGCGGCACAGCGGCGAGCUCGACCAUUUACGGCAAUAUAUGGAGCUGGCAGAGGCGUAG